AAUUUCAGUUCCCCAAUUUUAUUACUGCAGCUGUCUCAGUGAUGAUUUUCCUUCUGCUAAGAUUCUUUUUUACACUUUUAUAGCAUGUCUUUGGCAGAAUUUUUCAUUUUGUUUGUCUGCAGGCUGCCAAGUUAAGCCCCAGAAUUGGGGUGAUGACAUCUAAGCUGCUUCAUGGAAGAGAAUUGAAUGGAAAGUUCUUUGCUUCCAAUAGAGGGAAGCUUAGCUUUGAAGAAGAAUUUCAAAAGAUACAAGCAUCUAGACCUGAUAUUUGGAGAUAUAGGGGAACAGACAAUGUAGCUGAUAGCACUUUGGAACAGAUGCUAAUUGACUUACAAACACCAGAGGGCCAAACUGAAACAGAUUUUCUCCUGGCAGGUGGUAUAAAUGGCUCCUUGAGCUUUCUGGAAGUUGGAAAAGAUGGAAAGCAUUUUGAUUAUGGGGUAACUUGCAUUCCAAAUCAUGUUUGGCCAUCUGGUAGGGUAAACUUAUCAAAUGGUGGUGUAGCACCUCAGCAUAUUUGGAGACCUCCAGGAGCUUCAGUUCAAACAUCAUCUAGAAUAUCUUCUCUUAAAGUGACUGGAAAGUACUCUUCUUUGGCCACAGGUGAUGCUUCUAGGGCGCAACAUGCAUUGAUAACUACUUUAGGAUCUGAGUUCUCUGGUGGAUAUGUAUACAUUCUUAGUCUCAUUGAACCGAUCGAUGUUACUUCUAUGAUACCCCAAAGAAUGCAUGUGGUUGCUCCUUUCAGUUGCACCAUCUGGACUGCAGAUUACAAUUCCCAUACAAGUCAAGCAGUGAUAGGCACCAAUGUUGGAGCUGCUCUGGUGAAUGUGGAAACAGGAACAUCUUCAUGGGUGUGUCAUUGUAAAAGUGAUGUCUUGGCACAGCAAUUUGAUCAGUCAGGAAAUCUUGUUUUAUGUGGACUUAGAAAUGGAGCUAUUGUCACAGUUGAUGUUCGUGAGAAGCAAGGUGUUUCUGCUAGACUUAUUAAACACCGUAUACCUUACUUGUCUUCAGAAAGAAGUGGCCGAAAGCCAUGGUUUGAGCUCAAAGGACACAUAUCCCUGUCAUCUACAGUUCAUAUGCCUUCAUCUAUCUCAAGUUUGGCAUCCCUUCAGUUGUAUGAUCAGUACUUCUUGGCAAGCUCCAUGGAUGGUUCGAUUAAGCUCUAUGAUCAUCGCCUGACUAAGAGAGGCGCUGUGCAAUCUUAUGACGGACAUAUAAAUUCUCAUACGCGUAUAAGGCUUGGAGUUGACCAGUCAGAGAGAUUUGUUAUGUCAGGUGGAGAGGACUGUUGUUUAAGACUUUGGAGCAUCAAGUCUGGUAAACUGAUCUUUGAGGAAAAGUUUUCUGAAUCUGUCCUAUCAACCAUAUGCUGGCGAAGAAGUGAAAGAGGGGGAGAUGGAAGACUGACAUAUGAAGAGGAGCUAUAUGGACAGUGCCCUAUUUUGGGGGCAUGGCUUGGAUCCCAGGAGGGAAUAUUCCAUAUGCAAUGGUCAUGAGUGGAAGAGUCAUGAUAUAUCAUUCUCAAAAAACAGGUACCGGUGGACUUUUGAGUUAAUAUCCCUCAGUUUAAAAGGUCAUCCAGUCAAGAAUUUUUGUAUUGGCAAUAGAAGCUUCUAGCUGUAGGUUGAAAAUUAGGCAGUGUAUAGAAAAAUUGUCUAUCAUCCAUUUCCUUUUGCUUGAAAAAUGGCAUUUGCAUAAAUGUCAAAAAUUUUGACUCUUCUGCAAUCCCCAAACUCAAAGGAUGGUAGGGCGCACACGGAAUACAAAAUGGGUUGAUUGAGAUAUAGAAAUAUAGGACAUGGCAUUAAAAACAUCAAGACAUCCAAUUUCAACCACAAGAUGUGUGGAACAUAGUGUGAGGUCCCAUCAUGAUCCCAUUCAUGUAGUUUGGGAUUGGAGCGUUCACACAUUUUUUAACAUCAGGGCGUCCUAAAUUUCACUUUCAAAGAUUCAUUCAGUUUUUGCUGAUCAUAAACCCACCUCUGUAACUCUGUUUGCUUUCCCAUAGAAAAGAAAAAAAAUCAAGGAAACAGAAGCAGCAUGCAUGCCAUGCGCCAUAAAUGGUUGCCUAACCAAGUAUCCAUGAAGUUGGCACUUGGCACAAUUCAUACAUUUUCCUUUAUUAAAGAAACCACCUUUGUUAUCAAAGACAGAGCCACCUCUUUUUCUGUUCUCUUCUCCAAGAAUUGGCUGAGUUACAGUGUCUCCUGGGACUGGUACAGGUCAAGCUAUGUGCUAUUGGUUGGAGUGGUUGAGUCAAUGAUACAAAAGUUUGAAAUAAAGUGACAAAUCUCCUGUAAAUCAAAAGUAGAGACAGAAUGAUGCUUUGAUUGCCAAAAGCAAACCUUCUCUCCCCUUCUCCAUAACUGUCUGUGUCUUGACUUAAGCUGCUUUUUAAAGCGUUGUUUGGUUGUAAAGGAAUCCCGGGAUUCCUCCCGGAUUGUGCCAAACCGAGCAAGUUUUGCCGCAGUUUGGUUGUUGGUUACC